UUCCUGCUUUCGGUGGCAUUAACGGCCAACCAUAUCCUGCUCCCUUGCUUCCUCUGCUUCAAGCUUUGGCUAUGGCUUCUCUCUUCCCAAACACCACAAUUCCCAACCCAAACGUCUCUCUCCCCAAACACUCUCUUCCCACAGAACCCCACAAAAUCUCACAAACCCAAUUCACAAAACCCCCAGAAAAUGCGAAAAGCAAUCAAAUUCUGUACCAAUCGUACUUUAGUCGCAUGUCAUCUCUCUGCAAGCAAGGCCAAAUUCAACAGGCUGUGGACUUGGUCACCGAAAUGGAGCUCAAAAACCUCCGCAUCGGGCCUGAAGUCUACGGCGAGCUCCUCCAGGGGUGCGUCUACGAGCGAGCUCUUCAAACGGGUAGGCAAAUUCACGCUCAGAUUGUCAAGAAAGGUGCCAUCUUUGCGAUGAAUGAGUACAUUGAAACCAAGUUAGUGAUUUUCUACGCGAAAUGCGAUAAUCCGGAGGCUUCAAAUAGUUUGUUUAGGAGGGUGAGGUUCAAAAAUGUGUUUUCUUGGGCUGCUGUUAUUGGGUUGAAUUGCAGGAAGGGUUUUCAUCAAGAGGCUUUGCUAGGGUUUAGGGAAAUGCAGGAAAAUGGGUUGCUGCCGGACAAUUUUGUGCUUCCGAAUGUGUUGAAGGCUUGUGGUGGUUUGGAGUGGAUUCGGAUUGGGAAAGUGGUUCAUGGGUUGGUGGUGAAGUUGGGUUGUGGUGGGUGUGUGUUUGUUGCUAGUAGUCUUGUGGAUAUGUAUGGAAAAUGUGGGGAGGUGGAGGAUGCAAGAAAGGUGUUUGAUGGUAUGCCCGAAAGAAAUGCAGUCGCUUGGAAUUCGAUGAUUGUGGGUUAUGUACAAAACGGUUUGAAUGAGGAAGCUAUUGAGGUGUUUUAUGAGAUGAGGGAGGAAGGAGUUGAGCCCACUCAAGUUACUAUAUCGAGCUUUCUUUCUGCUUCGGCUAAUUUAGGCGCAUUACAAGACGGUAAGCAAGGUCAUGCAAUUGCCGUGAUAUGUGGAAUAGAAAUGACGACCAAUUUGGGGAGUUCUCUUAUAAACUUUUAUUCCAAGGUUGGUUUGAUUGAGGAUGCUGAAUCGGUUUUUAGUAGGAUGCUUGAGAAAGAUGUGGUCACAUGGAAUUUGCUCAUAUCUGGAUAUGUGCAAAUUGGGGAAGUUGACAAAGCACUGAAUAUGUGCCGUUUAAUGAGACUGGAAAACUUGAGGUUUGACUCUGUAUGUCUUGCAACCUUAAUGUCUGCUUUUGCAGAUACGCGUAAUUUGAAGUUGGGUAAGGAAGGACAUUGCUAUUGUGUAAGGAACAACCUUGAAUCCGACGUGGUUGUUGUGAGUAGCAUUGUAGACAUGUAUGCCAAAUGUGAGAAAAUCGGUUGUGCAAGACGAGUUUUCAACUCUUCGAUAAUGAAAGAUCUUAUUCUGUGGAACACAAUGCUGGCUGCUUUUGCAGAAUUGGGUCACAGUGGUGAGGGCUUAAAUUUGUUCUAUCAGAUGCAGCUAGAAAGCGUGCCGCCAAAUGUGAUAUCAUGGAACUCUCUGAUUUUAGGGUUUCUGAAUAGUGGCCAGGUUAAUGAGGCUAAAGAUAUGUUUUUGCAAAUGCAGUCCCUUGGAGUCCAACCUAACCUGGUCACUUGGACUACCCUGAUCUCGGGCCUGGCUAGGAGUGGUUUUGGCUACGAAGCGAUUCUAACAUUCCAGCGGAUGCAAGAAGCUGGAGUUAAACCGAAUGUUGUGAGCAUUAUUGGUGUACUCUUGGCUUGCAUAAACUUGGCAUCAUUACAGAUUGGAAGAGCCUUACAUGGAUAUUUGAUACGGCAUUCACUCUACUUGUCAAUUCCAAUCGCGACCUCUUUGGUAAAUAUGUACGCUAAAUGUGGCAAUAGAGAUCAAGCGAAGAGGGUGUUUGAUAUGAUUCCUGACAAGGAGUUACCAAUCUACAAUGCAAUGAUUUCCGGUUUUGCAUUACACGGUCAAGCUGUGGAAGCUCUUGCACUAUAUCGGUGCUUAAAAGAAGAAGGUUUGAAACCUGACAACAUAACCUUUACCAAUGCGUUAUACGCAUGUAGCCAUGCCAUGAUGGUUAGUGAAGGGUUGGAGCUUUUUGUUGAUAUGGUGUCCAAUCACAAUAUAAAUCCGAGUAUAGAGCAUUAUGGCUGUAUGGUUAGCCUUCUUUCGCGGUGUGGAGAUCUGGAUGAAGCUUUUAGGCUCAUUAGCACGAUGCCUUACAAGCCUGAUGUGCAGAUAUUGGGAUCAUUACUUGCUGCUUGUAGGGAACACAAUAAGAUCGAACUUGAAGAGUAUCUAUCCAAUCAAAUACUGAAAUUACAGCCAGACAAUUCCGGAAACUAUGUAGCAAUGUCAAAUGCAUAUGCAGCUGUAGGAAGAUGGGAUGAGGUUAAAAAGGUGAGGCAGUUAAUGAAAGAAAGGGGCUUGCGAAAAAUUCCCGGAUGCAGCUGGAUUCAAGUCGGAGAAGAACUUAAUGUGUUUGUUGCUGGUGACAAGUCACACCCUGAAACUGAAGAAAUCUAUACGACAUUGGCAUUGUUGCGAAUGGAAAUGUCUUUUCGCUGAUGUCUUCCUUCAAACUAUACUCGUCCUUUCGAAUGCUGCUGCUUUCCCUCGGAAAACCAGAAAGAUAAUUUUACAACAGGUCAUUAUCUA